AUGACGAUCUCACCUCUUCCUAAGGAUCUGCAAAAAAAGGUCAAUGAUGUCCUUGAUUCAUUAACACUCCUCGAGCAAGUUUCCCUCCUCGCCGGUAAGGACUUCUGGAGAACCGUCGAGAUUCCUGGAAAGGUUCCUAGCAUCAAGGUCACCGAUGGACCCAGUGGCGCAAGAGGACAGUUCUUUUCGGGAGGCACAAAGGCCGCAUUCUUCCCCUCUGGUGUUUCCCUCGCAGCAACCUUCGACCCUGAGCUCAUCACACAUAUUGGAAACGCCCUUGGGCAGGAGACAAAGACCAAGGCAGCCCAGGUGCUUCUCGCCCCAACAGCAUGUAACCACCGCUCGCCACUCGGAGGCCGCAACUUUGAGUCCUUCUCCGAGGACCCAUAUCUCUCUGGAAAGUUAGCAGCAUCUUACAUCAGCGGAGUCCAGGCGGAGGGGGUGGCCGUGACGAUGAAGCAUUUCGUUGCCAACGAGCAGGAGACAAAACGAUUUAGUGUUGACGAGAUCAUUGGCGAGAGGGCACUGAGAGAGAUUUACCUGAAGCCCUUUGAGAUUGCGGUUAGAGAGGCGGGACCAUGGGGAAUUAUGAGCUCUUAUAACCAGGUUAAUGCGCACCACGCCGACCUGCACCCGUUCUCGAUGAAGCAGGUCCUCAGGGCCGAAUGGGGCUGGGACGGCCUCGUCAUAUCCGACUGGGGCGGAACCAACAGUACCACCGAGUCUCUUAUCGCUGGUCUCGAUCUCGAGAUGCCGGGCCCCACCCGCCGCCGUGGCGAGCUCCUCCUCAAGGCAGUCAAGGACACGAACUCAUCACCGGAGAUUCUCGCCGCCAUCAAGACUGGUGCUCGCCAUGUCCUAGAGCUUAUCGCCAGGACAGGCAGAUGGGGAAAGUUCCAAGAGGCCGAAGAGCAGGCAGUCGACAAGCCCGAGCACAGAGAGCUCAUUAGGAAAACCGGUGCCCACGGAAUCGUACUGUUGAAGAACGAGGGCGCCACCCUGCCCAUCAAGAGGGAGCAGAUCAAGUCCGUUGCAUGGAUUGGGCCUAAUGCCAACGAGACCAUUGCUGGAGGUGGAGGAUCUGCGAACUUGAACCCGCACUACCUCACAAACCCGCUUGAGUCCUUCACCGCGGCGGUCGAGGAGAACGAUAUCAAGGUGGCCUAUGAGGUUGGUUGCCAGACUGAGAAAUGGGUCCGCAUCUUCCCCGUCGAGGAGGGACGCGCACGUACCGCACCCUCCGCCACCGAGGGUGCUCCCGGUCUCAAGGUCGACUUCUUUGGCGGGCGUGAAUGCUCAGGCAAGUGUGUUGCGUCAAACGUGAUGAACACCUCAAACAUCUUCCUUAUGGACGGAAAGCCACCGGCUCUCGGUGACCAAGACUACUCGGUCAGGAUCACAACAUAUAUCAGGCCCGAGGUCACCGGUGAGCAUGUUGUUGGCGUCGGCUCCAUCGGCCCCACAAAGAUCUACGUCGACGACGAGCUCUUGAUCGACCACACCCACUGGAUCGAGCUGGGCGAGCUCUUCUUCACCAGCGGCUCAGAGGAGGUCACCCAGAAGAUCCAUCUCGAGGCCGGCAAAUGGUACAAGCUCGUCGCCGAGACCACCUCCAAGGGACCCGAUCAGAAGCUCCCUGAUAUGGGCAACGACAACCUCGACUUCGCCUCUGCCAUCGGCAUCAGGCUCGGUAUCGACACCGUGCGGGACGUGCAGGAAUACAUUGACCGCGCAGCCGCACUCGCAAAGAAGUCUGAUGUCGCGGUGGUCGUUGUUGGCAUGAACAACGAGUGGGAGUCGGAGGGCUACGACAGACACACCAUGGCGCUCCCCGGCAAGCAGAACGAGCUCAUCGAGGCCGUCAUCAAGGCGAACCCCAGCACGAUCGUCGUCAACCAAUCCGGCUGCCCGAUCACCAUGCCCUGGCUCGACCGCGUCCCCGCCGUCCUGCAAGCCUGGUACCAGGGCCAGGAGGCCGGCAACGCCCUCGCGGACGUCCUCCUCGGCAAGGUCAACCCCAGCGGUCGCCUCCCAAUCACUUUCCCGAAGCGCCUCGAGGACAACCCGUCAUUCGGCAACUUUGGCGACGGCGGCGAAAAGAACCAGAUCAACUACACCGAAGGCGUCUAUGUCGGAUACCGCCACUACAACACGCGCGACAUCCCUGUGCUCUUCCCAUUCGGCUUUGGCCUCUCGUACACGUCGUUCGAGGUCGGCGCACCAACGGUCGAUGAGGCAUCGUUCGCCAUCGGGAAGAAGAUCACGGUGGAGGUGCCGGUGAAGAAUACGGGCGCUAUCAAGGGUAUCGAGACAAUCCAGGCCUACCUCGCGCCGAAGAAGUCGGCCGUCGACCGCCCGAAGCGCGAGCUGAAGGGCUUCGCGAAGAUUGAGCUCGAGGCGGGCGAGAGCGGCGUGGCGAAGAUCGAGCUGGACCACUACGCGCCGGGGUUGUUCUGUGAGAAGAAGAAGUGCUGGAGGGCGCUAGAGGGGCGCUAUGUUGUGGAGAGGGAGUAUGAGUGGGUGUUUUAA